GUACGACGCUCACUUCACAGGUAUUAGUCAGUGUUGUUGCGUUUACAGUUCGUGAGGUUUGUUUUUCAAUAAAGUACAAUUGAAUUAACAUCUAUUUACAUGUUACAGCAGAGGAUAACAGCAGAGUUGAGGGAAGAACAAUGAAGCGCUUCCAGUUUGUGAUCAUUUUUUUGAUCGGAUUAUUAACCACAAUCACUGCCCAAGUUAGUUAUUUUGAUGAUUUGGAAUAUCAGUGUCCACAGCAUUGGAUGAGAUUUCAAGAUUCAUGCUAUCGUUUUAUAAAGAGUCCAAUAAGAGUGAGAGAUGAUGCGAGAAAAAAUUGUCAAGCCUAUCAAAGUGAUUUAGUUGCUAUUAAUUCAUUGGACGAACAUGGAUUUCUAUUGCACAAUUUACAGAGAAAUGAUCCUCAGCAUCGAAAAUGGUACACUGGAGUGAGAUUCCAAGGUGGUUAUUGGACUAAUGAACCGGAUAAUUCACAAGUGAUUAAUAUGGAGAAUGCCUUUUUACCUGAACCGAAUGAUGGGAUUUACGGCAGGGAUUAUCUUGUUUACGCCUAUAGUAAUGGAUUGAAACGUUGGGGAUUCGAGAAGGUCACUGGAUUCGAUGAAUUACUGUAUAUUUGUGAGGCGCCAAUAUCGUCUCUUCAUAAUUUAAUCGAAGAUGAUCGAACCUAUCAGUACGGCAUUAAUAUCGACAAUCCACUCAAAAUACCAAGGGGACCGUAUUUUAUUAAACAACCAGUUAACACUGUUUUCGAUUUUUCCAAGGAGAAAGUUAAUAAUGAUAUUUCUUUGAGUUGCUUGGCUGGUGGAUAUCCAGCGCCCAGUUAUGAAUGGUUCAAGGAACACUACGAUAAUGAUCGACUAGUUUCCAAUAAAAUUGAUCCGUUAUCGAAUGGUCGAUACACUGUGAGUGGUGGUUUGCUGAUCAUCUUCAGUCCAAAUCAGACUUCGGAUCGAGGUUCGUAUCAUUGUCGAGCGACAAACGAAUUUGGCACAAUUCGAUCGGAGAGUGUGGAACUUUCCUUUGGCUACAUUAUGGAAUUUAAUUUGAAACGACCUGACGAACGGGGCGAUCAGCAUUGGGGAAAAGCGGUUUAUUGCGAUCCACCUCAACAUUUUCCGGACGUGAAAUAUUAUUGGGCUCGUGAUUUUUUCCCGAAUUUCGUUGACGAAGAUCAACGUGUUUUUGUAUCGAACGAUGGGGCACUUUAUUUCUCCGCUCUUGAACCAAUAGAUCAUGGAAAAUAUUCUUGUAAUGUUCAAAGUACCGCUGCUGAUAAUGGACGAAACGGACCUUUCUUCCCAUUGAAAGUCGACUCUCACGCAACCUUUCAAGAAUUGAAGUUUCCGAAUAGUUUUCCAAAGGUUUUCCCCGAAGCACCAACAGCUGGCGAGGAAGUUAGAUUUGAAUGCGUAGCGUUUGGAUAUCCAGUGCCUUCUUACAAUUGGACAAGAAAAAAUGGCGAUAUACCGAGAACGGCGAGAUGGUCGCACUAUAAUCGUGUUUUGACGAUACCCCACGUGAGUGUUGAAGAUCAAGGAGAAUACGUUUGUCGUGCGAGAAAUGGACGACUAUCGAUACAACAAUCAGUGAUAUUGACUAUUCAAGCGGCGCCAAAUUUCACUAUUCCACUCACCGAUAAGCACAUUGAUUUUCAAGGGGAAUUAACGUGGACUUGUGAAGCAUUCGGUAUUCCCGAUGUUGCAUACAAAUGGUACAGAAAUGGCGAGGUAUUAAAUGAAUACACUCUACCAUUGGAGGACAGAGAACGCUAUUCUUUUCGUGAUAAUGUUCUGAAAAUAAUACGAGCCGAUCCCGAGAGAGAUCAAGCCAUGUAUCAAUGUGGCGCGACAAAUCAACUCAAAUCUAAAUUUUCCUCCGCUCAAUUACGUGUUCUUUCAUUGAAACCGUCAUUUAAAAAAUUGCCAAUGGAGUCGGAGACUUACUCGUCGGAGCAAGGAAACGUGACGAUUGUUUGUAAUCCGGAAGCAGCUCCGCGACCGUCGUUUGUAUGGAAGAAAGACGGAAAUGUCAUUGGACCAGGAGGAAGGCGGAGAAUUUUACAAAAUGGAAAUCUCAUAAUUAGUCCAGUUUCACGUGACGAUGAAGGAAUGUACGUCUGCAUCGCGUCAAAUCAAUACGGAAGUGAUGAAACCCGAGGAAGAUUAAUUGUCUUGCGUGGGCCGAGAUUUGUGAAAAUGCUACCACCACGUUUGGUGACAGCUGUUGGGUGGAAUAAUACGCUACAUUGUCGCGCGGAUAUUGACGAAAUGUUGGACGUGGCUUAUAUUUGGAUGCACAAUAAAAUGCGAAUAAGGGACAAAGACUUGAUGAACAAUCGUCAUAUUGUGAUUGAAGGAGGAGUUUUGGAUAUUAUUAAUGCAACUAUGGCUGAGGCUGGUGAAUACGAGUGCAUUGUGAAAAGCGCAGUGAGCCGAAUUACGAGCAGAACUGUCGUUUACGUUGAAGGUCCACCUGGACCACCUGGAGGAGUGCAGGUCAUGAAUAUUAUAAAAUCCUCGGUUUCUCUUCGAUGGACGGAUGGAGCUUUUAAUGGAAAGGAAAUUUUGCUCUACACCGUUAGCGCAAGAACAAAUUAUAAUCAGACUUGGUUUAAUAUAAGUGAAAAUAUUCGAGCGAGUAUCGCGGAUAGACAUAACGGAAGAAAGGAAGCGUUCUUGGAAAAUAUACUGAAUCCCUUCACGACUUACGAAUUUCGAGUGGCGGCCUACAAUGAAUUGGGUUACGGUCCAGCGUCAGCGCCAACGCCGCAGCACAGCACAUCAGCGGACAAGCCCUUCAAAGUGCCGAGUUACAUUGGCGGUGGAGGUGGAAAAAUUGGCGAACUCACCAUCAAAUGGGAGCCACUGCCACCGGCCGAUCAGAAUGGACCAGGUAUUUACUACAAAAUCUUUUGGCGCCGAAAGAAUCACGACACUGAAUUUCAAUCAAAUGAUUUACGUCAUCUUGGAAAUAUUGGAAUAUUCGUCGCUACAAUUCCCUCGCAAUUUUUCUACACCGAAUACGAAGUUAAAAUGCAAUCAUUCAAUGAAAUUGGCGCCGGUCCAAUUUCCGAGCCAGUGACAAUAUUCAGUGCCGAGGAUAUGCCACAAGUCGCGCCGCAACAGGUGUCGGCGUUCGGUUACAAUAGCACAGCUCUUAAUGUGAGUUGGUCGCCAAUCGAGCAGACACGCGAGAGAAUACGUGGGAAACUUAUUGGACAUAGAAUUAAAUAUUGGCUGGAAACAAAACCAGAGGAAACGUCGACGUAUUAUUUGUCACGUACAACGCGGCCUUGGUCUUUGGUCGUUGGUCUCAAGCCGGAUACGCGAUAUUAUGUGAAAGUGAUGGCUUAUAAUUCGGCUGGCGAAGGACCGGAGAGUGAGAGAUUUUUGGAGAGAACGUGGAGACGAGCGCCGCAGAAACCACCGUCAGCGGUACAUGUUAUGGAUGUUAAUCCAUCGACUGUUCGCGUGACUUGGCGUUACGUGCAACCCGGUCCUGAUGAAGAGCCAUUGAUUGGCUACAAGGUCCGUGUUUGGGAGGUUGAUCAAGAUAUGAGCACAGCUAAUGACACGAUAGUUUUAACUGGAAAUGAUCUCGAGGCUCGAAUUACAAAUUUGAGUCCUGGCAAAACUUAUCAUUUGAGAGUUUUGGGUUAUAGUGUUGGAGGCGAUGGUCGCAUGUCCAGUCCCGCGCACACUUUCCAAAUGGGUGAUAAGGAAUUACUUAGAAGUAGUGCCGCUAAGAAAAUGCUCGACAGUGCUUUAAUAUUAGCUCUCAUCUUUCUCGUCACUAUGUUUCAAUUUCGGUAAUUUUUUCUAAUUUUCCCUCUUUUUCAUAAUAAUGAGACUUUGCUAUUUUAAAGUCGAAAGAAUUGGAUUUUUCAAUACCAAGAAAAAUUGGUAUUUUUUAUACUGUCGCAUGUUUCAUGAAUUUUAAAAUUCAUUAAAAAUAAUUUAAAAAUCGAAAAACAUUGAAAAUGUUUAAUAUUUUGUAAAUAUUAAAUAGAAAAAAUCAUUUAC